CACCUGCCACUGUGGCUGGUGGAUUCCAAAUAUUACCAGCCACUCAACAGAUUAUCUUUUUAUUUUUGGCUGAUGAGUGAUCAGCAGUAAUUUCCAACCCUGGUCUAAAUCCUCCUGGAAAAGGGCUACAGGGCAUCUGAACUAAAAUCUAAUAAAGGAUAUUAAGCUUUGACAAUGCAUAGUCCUAAAAAAUGCAUAGAGAGUGUGGAGGUCAGUUGGAGCCCCCUAGAGGAUUCAUCUGGAUCUGCAGGAGGAAGAUAAACCAGCCAAAACGAUUUCUACAAUCUGUCUAUAAAGCAUCAGUAAAUUAAUUGUUUACCAGUAAUACCUUAAAGUUUAUAAACUCUUUAUGCUUUCUACUCCUUUAACUAUUACUUUAACUAUUACCUAUUGGUUAAGAGCCCCAAAGUGACCUCCCUCCCUCAGGAAGGAGGCGCUCUCAGCUCAUUCUCAGCCUGUUAAAGCAGGACGUUGUGUUGACGUCGAGGACAGCUCCACGAACCUCCACGGUCAUUUCUCACGUUACAUCCGUCCUGAUCCACAGUAACCAACCGGAGAACCGCCACACGCUGUGAGCAUCUCAUCAUCAUCACCAGACCACCAGACACACAACAUGGACUUCUCUAUCCGAGCAGCCAACGUGGAGGACUGCAAGGACAUCGCGCGGAUGAUCCUGGAGCUGGCUAAAUAUGAGAAAUUGUUAGACCAUGUGAAAGUCACACAGAGAGACUUGGAGCAGGACGGCUUCUCCAAGAACCCAUUCUUCCAUGUGAUCGUCGCUGAGGUGCCAGAACAGCACAAAUCCAAAGAAGGCCAUACGAAGAUCGGAUAUGCGCUUUACUUUUAUUCCUACAGCUCGUGGUCGGGCAGAGCCAUUUAUAUGGAGGACUUGUAUGUGAUGCCUGAGUUCAGAGGGAAGGGCAUUGGUAAAGCACUAAUGAGCAAGGUAGCUCAGCUCGGCCUGGCUGCCGGCUGCACCCAGCUCAACUUCACCGUCCUGGACUGGAACAAAGCAUCUCUAGACUUUUACUUCAGCCAGGGCAGCUUCGACAUCACGGCUGACAUAGGCUACCACUGUAUGCGUUGCGAGGGAGAGGCGCUGGAGCACCUGGCCCAACCCUAACCCAACACUGGGCUCAUGAUGGCAUGACCUUUGCAACCAUUAGGUCACACAGUGCAGGGAUAGAGCACCACUCAGCGGCCCCAUUUCAAAACUUGACAGUGACAAUCGUUUAGCUGAUUUCUCAAAAAGCAGAUUAUUAAAAUGAUUGACUGUUUGUUAAGCUCUGCAGGACGUAUUUUUGGUUUUGGUACGGCUAAAAACAAAAAGACACUCCAGACUCUAUCUAUAUCUACGAGGUUUUGGUCUUACUACAGUCUCACGCACACUGAUUCAACCUGCUGUGCCUUGUUCCGGUUCGCAAAGGGAUUUAGCAAACAGUCAAUUGGCUUAUGAUUUAGUAAGUAAAGGAAGCAGUUUUAAGUAUUGGAAUGGGGCCGAUGCAAUACAUUUAAAUAGUUAUAACCAAGGCACUGAAAUCUGUGUUUUGUGUUUUUCCUUUGUGAUAUGUUAUGACCCAGAGCACCUUUUGAUUGUGGUGUUAAAUGGAUCAGAUAAUCUAACCUCUCUUCUUGUGAAAAAAUGUGGAAUAUAUGGGCACGAGAAAGGUCUGACAGGAGUGUGCAUGUGUGUGUGUGGGGUUUUUAAAGAAAGUCUUCUUAACACACAAUUCAUCAUCUAGAAAUUAAAUAUUUCUUUUUGUACAAAAAACCUUAUGCACUGCAAAGCCAAGAUGUAUGUUUCAUCAUAUGUGGGAAAAGAGUUUUUGCCAUCUUAUCCCUUUAAAUUCAUUAUAAA